GUCCCCGGCCGGACGGGCCGUCCGUUCCUCGUCGGCGACCGACUCGAGGUACGGCGGCGAGCGGGACGGGCGAAACCGCGGCUGGACGGGGGGCGCGGGGAGGUGCCGGGGAGCAGCGGGCGCACUACUGAGGUGGGCCCGGGACGGGCGGUCCCGGGGGAGGGGCAGUCAGCAUGGCCGCCCUGGCUGAGCAGCGUAGCGGGGGAUGCGAUCCUGGGGUGGGUGCCGCGGAGGGCAGACUCGUUUGAGAAGCUGGACAAGAUUGGGCAGGGCACGUACAGCAACGUGUACAAGGCGCGCGACCUGGAGGACGGCAGCAUUGUGGCGCUCAAGAAGGUGCGCUUUGACAAUCUGGAGGCGGAGAGCGUGCGCUUCAUGGCGCGCGAGAUCGAGGUGCUGCGGCGGCUGGACCACCCCAACAUCGUCAAGCUCAAGGGCCUCGUCACCAGCCGCGUCUCGUGCUCUCUCUACCUCGUGUUUGAGUACAUGGAGCAUGACCUCGCCGGCCUCGCCGCCUGCCCCGGGGUCACCUUCACCGACGCGCAGAUCAAGUGUUACAUGCUGCAGUUGCUCCGCGGCUUGGAGCACUGCCACAGUCGGGGCGUGCUGCACCGCGAUAUCAAGGGCAGCAACCUGCUGCUGGACAACAACGGCAUCCUCAAGAUUGCCGAUUUUGGUCUCGCCACUUUCUACCGCCCCGACGCCGCGGUGCCCCUGACCAGCCGCGUGGUGACCCUCUGGUACCGCCCCCCCGAGCUGCUGCUGGGCGCCACCGCGUACGGCGCGGCCGUCGACCUCUGGUCCACCGGCUGCAUCCUCGCGGAGCUGCUCGCGGGGAAGCCCAUCAUGCCCGGCCGCACCGAGGUUGAGCAGCUGCACAAGAUCUUCAAGCUGUGCGGCUCCCCCUCAGACGAUUACUGGCGCCGCUCGCGCCUGCCGCACGCCACCAUCUUCAAGCCGCAGCAACCAUAUAAGCGCUGUCUGCGCGAUACAUAUGCCGCCUUCCCGCCCGCCGCCCUCGCCCUGCUGGACGUCCUCCUCGCUAUUGAGCCCGGCCAGCGAGGCACCGCCACCCAGGCACUCAAGCACGAGUACUUCCACACUGAGCCGUACCCCUGCGACCCCUCUAGUCUUCCCGAGUACCCCCCCAGUAAAGAGUACGAUGCCAAGCUGCGAGAUGAGGAGGCCCGCAGGAUGCGCGCGGGCGCAGGUCGGAAUCGCAACGCUCACGAGCCCUCGCAGAGGCGGCGUGAGAGUCGGCAUGCAGCAGGCCGGCCCAACUCCGACCUGGACCCCAGCGGGCAGCUCAAGCCGGCGCCGCGCAUUGGCCUGGUGCCCAGUACGAAGGCCAAGAGUGACAAUAAGCUGAGCAUCAGCGGGGCUGACUCCUCUGGCGCCACGACUGCUGCUGGCCCGUCGGAUGCGCGCGACAGCACCCCUCCAGGGACCACCUCGCGUGCGCCUCCCUCGCGCCACGUCAGCAAGUCGGGCCCGUUAGGCCCCGUGGAUCUGCGGCUGCGCACGAGUAGCGGGCCCAUCUGGGAGCCGCGGAAUGCGAUCCGGGAGGAGGACGGGCCGGCCGCGCGCAUGGGCCCGCUGAACCCGGAGCCGCGAGCGCCGGACCGGAGGCAGCCGGUGGGGCACUCGGGGCCGAUGGGAAUCCCGCACGGGCCCAUGUGGGACACCGUCGCGAAUGCGUACUACGCGCAGCACUACAGGGACUCGCUGCGUGCUCCGGAGCGCGAUGCGUUGAAGGCCGCCGAGCGCCUUAAGGGCGCAGACCACGACCGGGCCGGUCCGCUGCCUGGACGGCCGCGGCCCAUCAAAAGUGUGCCGGACCUGCACCAGCGCGGCUUCCCCGUGGAGGCCACCCAGGUGCUCAAUCCGAACCCGGUGCGCGAUGACCGCUUUGCCAACGACCACUCGUUCACGGAGCGGCCCCACCGGCGGGCCCCCCGCGAGGAGGGCGGCGGCGGCUACUCGAGCGGCGGGCGGUCCCGCGUGCACCACCGGCCGCAGAGCGGGGAGCUGCGCAAGGAGGAGAUCCAGCAGACCAUGCUGGCGGCGCACGCGGGGCAGCAGCCGCCGCCGCCCCUGCAGCCGCCCAGCCAGGCAGGCAGCCAGGCGCUGCCGCCAGUGCCGUGGCGGUCGGGCCAGCUGACGCGGAAAGUGAGCGGCACGUUUGCGGACAAGCGGCUGUUCGAGCACAAGGGGUGGAUGCUCUCCGUGAGCACGGGGCGCAAUGGCGUGGCGGAGCACCAGCUCGUUCCCGGGGGGGCGGAGAGCCUGCAAGGGGGAGGGGGGGGGCGGGGCGGCCAAUGGGGAGAUGCCGGGGCCGAAGCGAAAAUGGAUGCCGCGGUUUUCGGAUGGGUUCGUGCAGGCGAGAGAGGGGGGACCGGAAGCAGGAGGUGA